AUGGUGCCGCUCCCAAAGGUGGCCGCCGCGGCCGCGCAGGCACGCAGCAGCGAGUCGCCGCUGCAGCAGCUGCUGGAAGAGGCGACCGGGGGCGAUGGCGCGGCGCUCCACAGCGUCGGGAUGACCCUUCAGGCCCUGAGCAACCUUCUGCUCUCCAAGAGUAGCGGGGCGCGUUUCGACGAGGACGCGGCGGCCGAGGCGACGGUGGCUGCGGCUGCGGAGGACGCCGAGCGCUCAGAAGAGACCGCGGCAGAGGAGGAGCCCGGAGAUGCGUCGCAGGCCGCCGCGACAGCUGCGGCUGCAUCUACCGCAGGGAUGCAGGAGCCUGCAACCACGAGCCUUGCGGCGGGGACUGCUGUGAAGCUGGAGUCAGCGCAGAUGCCCCUGCCCCAAGCGUCGUCGCUCCCCCUGGCGGCGGCGCACCCACGCGUUGCCUCCCCGGCGCCCUUUGCGUAUCAGCCCACCAGCGUCACCCCCGAGACAAUCGCCGCGCUCAUCUCCCUCGCCGGCCCCGCGCCGCCGCCGCCGCUCCCCGCGGCCGCGGCCGUGGGGCCCGCGACGCCGGCGGCGCCUGCCUCCCCCCAAUCCGACGUACUGCGCUGGUUCCUGCAGAGCGUCCGGAUUUCGGGGGACACGCUCUUCAAGCUGCGCAUGGACGCCGCCGUCGAGCGGCUGCUGCACGACUCCAUCAAGGCGAGCAUAUCCGACGAGUCCGACGUCAGCCCGGAUCAUGUUGAGGUCAUCGCCGCGGCCAACGUGACGCUCCCGCUCGCCUUCCGCGGCGUCGACUGGCGGGGCGCGGGGGCGGCGGCCGCGCUGAGGGCGGCGAUGGCGCGGCUGGCGGGGGGGUUUUCGGAGCAGCACAUACACGUGUCGCUGGUCGGCGCGGCUGGCGCAGGGGCGGCCGCGGGCGCCGCCGCGGCCCAGCAGCAGCAGCAGCAGCCGGCGGCACAGCCGCUCGCGCGCCGCUUGCUGCAGCAGCAGCCCGCAGACGCAGCGGCCGCAGCCGCGGCGGCCGCAGCGAAGGCAGAGGCGGCGGUCCGCGAGCUCGCCGCCGCGCCGGUCCCGGCCCUGGCCAUGUCGCAGGCGCACUCGCCGGCCCCCGAGCAGUGGGUCACCGUCACGUUUGCGGACAUGAGCAUUUCAAACGCCACGUUCUUACUUGACGCCCUCGGCGCCAAGUGCGGCGCCAAUGGGUCCCUCUCCGCCCACAAGCCGGUGCAGUGCGCCCCCGCGCUGCAGCAGGGCCUGUCCGCCGCCGGCGCCGUGCCCGACGCGGCCGCGUAUGGCGUGCGCCUGCGCGACAAGCCGGCCUCGACGAUCACCCUGACGCUCGGGCUGGGGAUGACGGCGGAUGACAUCAGCGGCGGCGCAGAGGCCAAGGCGACGUCCUGGCUGGCGCGGGGCGAGCUGGCCUCGUUUUUUAAACGGCUGAACCUGACGGCAACGCCCCUGCAGGGGCUUGCGGGGCUGCUGCCGGCGCUGGGGAACCUGACCGUCGGCAGCAGCGGCGGCGGCGGCAUCACCGUCACGAUCGACGCGCCAUCCGCGCCCCCGCCCGGCUGGGCGGCGCCGCCGGCGCCGCCGGGCGCAGGCGGCGCCGCGACCGCGGCCAAGGCGGGGUACGUGGCCGGGAUAUCUGUGGCGUGCGGCAUAGGGCUGGCGGCGCUUGCGGGCGUUGGCUACGUCCUGGUGGCGCGACACCGCGAUCGGCGACGCGCGGAGGGCGACAAAGCGGGGGAGGUCGUCGGUGGCGACGGCGGCGGCGGUAGUGGCGGCAGCGCCGGCGGCCGCGGCACGUCCACGGGCGGCUUGGGCGGGCGGCGGCAGCGGCGGCAGCAGCGGCAGCAGCGGCCGCGGGUGUACAACCAGCAGAAAGACCUCACCGCGCAGCUGACGCAGGCGCGGGUGCUGCAGGCGCGCGCGCGGCAGCAGGAGGCCGAGGAGGAGCAGCGGCAGGAGGCGGCGGCGGCGCGUGGCGGCCCGCGGCAGAUCCAGCAGUCCCAGCCGCGCCAGCAGCCGCGGGGCGCGCAGGUUGUCAGUCAUGGGGAUGGGGCAGCAGCUGGGGUGGCGGCCGGUGGCGCAGGCCACUCGCGGCGCCGCAGCAGCGGCGGCGGCAGCAGCAGCACGCACCAUUUGGAGCGGGGCGACAGUGUGAUGUCCGCGGCGAGGUUUGAAUUGGACGAGGAGGCGGCAAACGCAGAUGGCAGCAACGCCAGCAGCACCAGCAAUCCAAGCAGCGGCAGCAGCGGCUGCAGCGCCAACCCCCGCUCUGCCCCCGCCAGCUCCCGGCGGCACCCGCCUGCGGCAGCGGGAGGUGCCGGCGCCGGCGCCGGCGCACCCAGGACGCGGUCGCUGCCGCUGAGCGCGCCGCCGUCCGGCGUAGAGGAGGCCGCGUUGGUCACGCGUAGAGGCGCGCCGCGCGCGCCGGCUCUGGAGGCAGGGCCCUCUGGCAGCAUGCAGCUUGCGAGCGGGCGGCAGAGUAGCAGCAGCGGGGGCGACGCGCCUGGGCGCAGGCCCUGGCCGAACAGCAGCCUGGACAGCGGGACCUCAGGCAGUGAGCAGCCGCGGAAGCCGGCGGCCGCGCGCUCCGGGCCGUCUUCGCCGACAGGCUCGGCGCCGUCGACGCCUUGUGCCGACAUCACCAUACGCGCGUCGCUGACGGGCGGGCUGUGCGACAAACCGUUCUUGCGGCCAGUCUGGGGCCGGGGAGGCGUGGACGAGGUCGAGGAGGAGCCGCCGGCAUGGGAUGUGUCGGAGCCGCUGCCCGCGCGGCCGGUCACUGGGCGGCUGCCAACGCCGUUCGCAGCCUGCGGCCCCUCCUUUUCGGACGGCGAGUGA